AUGAUCUAUAUAAUUGAGCAUAUGGAAAGUGGUUUCACCGAAUGGGUGACCCUUGAAUACAGUCAAAUCAUCAGGGAUAUCGGGGCCCAGAAUUUGAUUUUGAGUUCCCUUCCAGCAACCACCACCGAAGCAGAUAUCCCAAAGCCAUUGAAAGAUUUGGGGUUACAAUGGACCACUAAAGAAAUCACCGAGCUCACCACUGAAGACUUCAGUGUCAUCCCAUCUUCGGGGAUCAGCAAGGACCAAACCUGUCUUCUAGACCCAAGAGCAGAAUCAGAUUUGGUUCCUGAAGAUUCUGAAAAGUUCCAAUUCUUUGUGUUUGGGGGCAUUUUGGGGGAUCAUCCUCCAAGAGAUAGAACUAAGGAGCUAAGCAUUAAAUACGGUUUCGAAGGAAAGCGUUUGGGAAAUAAGCAAAUGACCACCGAUACUGCGAUUAGAACCACUCAAAUAAUCAUUGAGAAGAAAACUAGAUUCGAGGACAUCAAGUUCUUGGACUACCCAGAAAUCAGGUUCAGCAAGUACGAAGCUACUGAAAUGCCUUUCAGAUACGUUAUCGGGGAGGACGGUAAUCCAAUAUUACCACAAGGAAUGGUUGACUUAAUCAAGAGGGACUCGGAGCAAAGCAUUGAUGACCUCCUUUAG